AUGAUGUCCACUCAGCGACCUCGAGGGGGCUUAGGUCGCUGCUGCUACAGCCACCGCUUGGAAUUCUUGAAGCACGAGAAGAACACUCCCAUUUUCGAGCAGGUGACAUCAGCGGUGGGGGCCUCAGCUGGCCCGCCGUCCUUCUCUCACUUGCACUUUCAGGUGCGCGUGGCUGUCCAGGCCGCCGGCAGCAAGUAUGCCGCUCGCAGCAGGGGUGACUGGAAUGCUCGGCUCCAUUGCGGCGUCUCGUCGGACGCGAAGAGCGUGCGCAUGCUCUUGCGCGAUUCCCCGCCCUGGGUUGCCUCGAGCACGCUUCCCGCCGAGGGCUGCGCCGCUUCGGGCCCGCUGUCCCUUCCCAAGGCCGAGGGCCAGAGGUUGAGCCUGGACUGGCGGCUUGCGCUGUCGCCGCUCUCGGCGUCUCGGCCGGGUCGCCUCAGGAAUAUUCUUGGACGCCUCAUCCCUCGCAACAGCAGCAUCCUGACCGGUGCAGACCAAAAGAUGCCCGCGCCCGCCCCCUUCCAGGCCGCCGAGUCCGUCGUGCCCGUCGCGCAGCUCGGCCAGGAGUCGCUGGCCCUCCUCGCGUGGCUGCGCGGCCCAGCCUCGCAGCUGGACUCGCUGCGCCCCGCCGCGCCGGGGGCCAGCAUCGACGUGUACGCGAAGCCCGGCGCCGCCGCGGCCGCGCCGGGCGAGGGCGGCGCCGCGGGCGCCGCGGGCGACGCGCAGGCCCAGGCGGCACCCGCGCGCCGCGACAGCGGCCACGUGGCGCCGGAGGUGCCGCAGGUGCCCGCGCACACGCAGUCCUGCGGCAGGGCCGCCGCCGGCGACGCGCACGCGCCACGGGGGCAGGACGACGAGGAGGGCGAAGGUGGCCGCAGCGAGCGCAGGCGCGGGGGCCGCGGCCGCGGCGGCGGGCGGCGCGGCGGGGGGCCGCAGCGCGGGCAGCCCGGGCAGGGCAGCGCCGGAGGAGGCAGGCACCCCACGGCCUCCGGCGACGCCGGCGGUGCGGCGGCCGCGGGCGGCUGCGCCGCCUCGGGGUGUGCGGGCGGUGCCGGCUGCUUCGACCCGAGGAUGGCUGGCGCGACAGGGCCGGGCCACGUGUUCACGCAGGUGCCUAUGUACGUCGGCAAGGGCAGCUGCGCGGGCAUGGCAGGGAGCCCGCAGCAGCAGCACGCCCUGUGGGCCGCAGUCGGCGCCAGCGCCGCCGCCGGCCGAGGGGCAAUGCUGGGCCAGCCUUGCGGCGGCAAGGGCUCGCAGGCUGGGGCCAUGGACCCCCAGCAGUGGGCCGCCAUGAUGCCCAUGUGGCGGAUUGGGGCGGCAUGGCCGGCAUGGUCGCCUACGACCCGUCGUACCAGUAGGAUACCGGGCGGCGGGCUCUGCUCUCUCGUGUCUCCUUGGGGGCCAGAGGGCCACAGAAGCCGUGCGCGUCGGGUGUCCGCGGGCGUCAGAGCUCCGCCAGCGCCGGAGCUCGCCUCCACACCUGAGGCUCAUGAGUUCACGUGAUCUGUGAGAGAGCGCAGUGCGCGGGCGCUCGUGAAAUGAGGGCGGCCCCGCGAGCAGAGGAGCGGGAUCAUUCCACGAAGCCUCCGGGAGGGCCCCAACGUCCAGAGACCUCGUCCCUCCA